AUGUCCACUGCUGCAGCUUCACCUCCCAGCGGAUCUUCGUUGUCUUGUGUCUCCCUGCCGCGUCUCCUGCCACUCUUCCUCGGCGUGUCUUGCGGCGCCUCCAUCUCCCUGGCCAUCGCUCUGGCUGGUGUUCGCUCGACUACUCUCGUGCAAUGGCUGCUGCAAGCUCCCGGCGAUUUGGUGCUUCAGACGCUUGUAGGAAUCACAUUACCGCUCGUGGCUCUGCACGCGACGCUCACGGGAUCGCAACUCCAGACGCGGCAGCUGCCGAUUCAAUGGCUGCGACUCGUGCUAGCGACGCUCGCAGUAUCGGUGCUGUCCACGCUUCUGGCCAGUGUUAUGGGUGCACUAGUAGCCGCGACGUUGCACAGUGUCCUCCCACGUAGCGCGGUACUGGCGCGGGUUUGGGGGCUGUCGUUGUCCAGUGCUGCAGUGGAGUUUAGGUGUCCCGGGGAUGUGCACACUGGAUCUGUGGCAUUACAGAGCAAUGGGACGCUUGCGUGCUCUGUGAAUGCCACCACUUUUGUAAUUGACGAUGUGGCACGGACGUUCGUGGCUGAUGGUACGACGCAGACAGCGUUGGGUAUUUCGGAGCAGGCCGUGAAGGUGGUGGAAAGCAUUUUUAUAGAGAGCUUAGCGGGCGCAUUUGUCGGGGGAGAUGUGUUGAGUCUCAUGGUGGGAGGUCUGGUGCUUGGCUCGGCGUUGAUACGUUCUUUUUUAGUGGAAAAACGACAAGAAGAUGAACAAAACGGUGGGUGUCUCCUUGAGGAAGAAUCGGAGCUGGGUGAAAAAUUGAUGAUUCUGCAGCUGUUUGAACAGGCAGAAGUUGCAGGAUGUUGCGUGUUGAGUUGGCUACAGACGCACCUCCCUGUCAGCGUGAUUUUCAUGUUCAGCAGCGUAUUGCUCCAACCGUCGGUAUCACUGUCUUCAGACGAAAGCGAUGAGGGCUUUACUGCUUUGGCGCUCAUGACGCUGCUGCUACUUGCUUUGAUCUUAGACGUGGUCGUUAUGAUAUCCCUGGCUACGCUGUUUACGCUAUCCAACCCGUUCGCGUUUCUCGAGCACCUUUUGCCUGCACAACUGCUAGCUCUAAGCUCCGGAUCAUCUCUCGUCGCGCUACCAGCGACUAUUUCGGCUGUUGUAGCAAGCAAGCGUGUUUCGCCCCCAGUAGCGUUCAUUGUAUGCUGCAUGAGCACAGUUCUCAACCAGACUGGCACUGCUCUCUAUCUAUCAAUCAGCACGCUUUUUGUGCUGUCUGCUUCGGCUUCAGGCAUGAAUGAAGAUGAACAGACGGCGACACGAUCGACGCGAACAAUCUGCUUGAUGGUGCUAGUUAACGUGAUUAGCGCCAGUGUGGUUUCGCCGCUACCAGGUGGAGACAACACAGCGGCGCUGGCAACAGCUCUUGGCGCUGUAUUUGGGGUUCCCACCGGAUCAAGAGCUGUUUUACUGUCGUAUUUGACUGCAAUGGAGUGGAUUACCGCCCCAUUUGUAACUUGUGUGAAUAUUACAAAUAACGCACUGAUUGCGCUUGUGAUUGCACAUUAUUGCGAGGCCCGACCGGUGACAACAACAAGCACAAGUAGUGAUGAUAACACCGACGCUGCAAUGCAUCAGUUGCUAGUGUCGGACCAAUGA